AUUAGGGGCACAUUUGAAGUUGGGCCUGUAGACGUUAUUUAAUUUCUCUUCACCUACAAAAAAACAAUGCAGCAAAUCUGGCUUUCUCUACUGUCUGGCCUCUGCCUUUGCCUUUGCUUGGUUUUCUUUUGCGACGCUGAGGAGGGUUUGGAGUUCCCAAAUUUUGAUGGGAAGGACAGGGUGCUGGACGUCAACGAGCGCAACUACAAGAAGGCUCUGAAAAGAUAUGACCUGCUGUGUCUGUUCUACCACGAACCUCUGCCGACCAACAAAGGCCUGCAGAAGCAGUUCCAGAUGACAGAGCUGGUUCUGGAGCUCACGGCGCAGGUCCUGGAGAACAGGGACAUUGGUUUUGGGAUGGUGGACUCCCACAAGGAUGCAAAAGUUGCCAAAAAAUUAGGUCUGGAGGAAGUGGGCAGCUUGUAUGUUUUCAAGGACGACCGGGUCAUUGAGUUUGACGGGCAGUUGUCAGCGGACACGCUGGUGGAGUUCCUGCUGGAUGUGUUGGAGGACCCAGUGGAGAUGAUCAAUAACGCCAUGGAGGUGCGAGCCUUUGAGAGAAUGGAGGAGGACAUCCGCCUCAUUGGCUACUUUAAAGGAGAAGAUUCAUACUUUAGAGCCUUUCAAGAGGCCUCAGAGCGUUUUCAGCCUUACAUCAAGUUCUUUGCAACAUUUGACAAAUCUGUAGCCAAACAUCUCUCCCUCAAGAUGAACGAGGUGGAUUUCUAUGAGCCGUUCAUGGAGGAGCCUGCCGUCCUGCCUGGCAGACCACUGUCAGAGAUGGACAUUGUUGAGUUUGUCACCCAACACAGGAGGGCGACACUGAGGAAGCUCCGGGCUGAGAAUAUGUUUGAGACAUGGGAAGACGACAUGGAUGGGAUACAUAUUGUUGCGUUUGCUGAGGAGGAAGAUCCAGAUGGUUAUGAGUUCCUGGAGAUCCUGAAAGACGUAGCUCGAGACAACACCAACAAUCCAGAACUCAGCAUUGUCUGGAUCGACCCUGACGACUUCCCUCUGCUGACCACUUACUGGGAAAAAACCUUCAAGUUGGACCUGUUCCGACCUCAGAUUGGCAUCGUAAAUGUAACAGAUGCUGACAGUGUGUGGCUGGACAUGUCCAAUGAUGAGGACUUGCCCACUGCAGAGGAGCUGGAAGACUGGAUAGAGGACGUCCUGUCGGGCAGGGUGAACACCGAGGACGAUGACGAAUCUCCUGACAACCAGGAGAGCGAAGACAGCAACGACAUGGAUGAUGACGACGGAAGUCAUGACCGAGACGAUGAUGAUGAAAGUGAUGAAUAAGCUGAAUAUUCUGACACAUUAGAAUAGUUUCAAGGAAGAAAUGUAUAGAUUACUGCAUGUAGACUGUGUUUAGCUGAGAAAACUGAAUCAAAUCAAGGUCAUCAUGGGAACAGUUGGGGCCCAAUUUAUAAUAAAGUUUGUGCAGUGCCUGGUAAUGAUGAGGUGAAGUUAUGCCAAUUGAGAUGACACAAGAAACAACGAGUGCUUCUCAUCAGGUUAUUUUAUGCUUCCUUCCAUUCUCUGUACCGAGCAUAUGUUUGUAUAAGUGUAAAACUGCUUUCAAAUAAAAACUGUCUGACUUUUGUAGUCUAUAUAUAGAAUAAGAAUUGGAACCACCAUGGUUCUCUGAUGUGCUUGAAAAUGUGAAUGAUUCUUACACACGGGACCUUUAAUAACAUGUCUGCUCAUCUUUAGAUGAACAAAUUGACCAGAUGGGGCUGAGGACUUAUAAAUAGAAUUCAAUUAGCAGCAACACACUUUGACAUACUCAAAAACAAUCAAAGAAAACAAAAAUACACCGUUUUUUUCUUUGAAGGUGUCACUUCUUGGAUAAGUGAUUGUGUAGGGUUUGGACAAUUCGACAGCCGAUACAACUGAGCUGUACAACUUGCUGUAACAGCAAACAGUUGCCUGUUUAUAUGUUGAUCUGACAGAAUGGAAAAAGUAGAAUGUAUUUUAAUUUCUAUUUCACCUUUAUCUGCUUACUGUGCUGACGUAGUUCCAAUUGCUUUCU